GGCGGAGCUCGGGAGCCGCGGCCGUGCAGGGAGGGCGGCGGGUCCCUCCGCCGGGGGCAGCCGGGGCGGCGUGGGCAGCGUGUUGCGGCGGGUCGCUGCCUGCCGAGGGACGCGACCCGGGGGAACAGCGGCGGCGGGCCCGGCCUGGGGGUCGCCGCAGGCCCCGCCGGUCGGGCGAGGCCCCGCGGAGCGAGGGGGGCGAGCGAGGCCGGCGGCGCUGGGGCGAUGCGGAGCUGCACCGAGAGCGCCGCAGCUCCGCGGGCCCGGCCUGCGGCAGUGUGUCACAUUUGGAAUGUUACUUCAGUGAAGGUGCUGUAGGAUGAAGGAUUGAUCUAUUUAUGGGCAAUUAUUGUGGUGGGAGUGCCAUGGAGUACAGAGGACCCAGCUUAGAUCAUGACCUCAACAUAAGGACAUCCUGCAGUCCUGAAAACUUGAUUGAGAAAGAAGUGAUAGUGGCCUACAAAUCAUGACAGACAUAGUCCAGACUGCCUUGUCCCAUGGAAGAACCAGGGAAUGCCCCAAGUAAAUCUAGUAGAAACCAUAUAUCAGAUAAAGGCAGAUGAUUCUUCAAGCAUCAGCUCUGGAUGUAGAAAACUCUAGAAGGAUUCUGUGGGUGCUGAGAACUUGAAGACUGCAUGUCCAUUUCAGUGGUGAUACAUGUGAAUAUCUUCUGUCCAGUGGGAGAUUUCUUGGAGAAAAAGUAUGGCAACCUCACAGUUGUAUGAUGCAUAAGUAUAAAAAUAGUGAAGCAAAAAAUUGCCUCAUAGACAAACAUGUUGUGUUUAUAGGAGAUUCUAGAAUUCGACAGCUGUUCUAUUCGUUCAUAAAACUGAUAAAUCCCCAAGUCAAAGAAGAGGGAAUUAAGCAUGGAAAUAUUCCAUUUGAAGAUAAAUCUGCUUCAAUUAAAGUGGAUUUUCUGUGGUAUCCAGAAGUUAAUGGCUCUAUGAGGCAACGUAUCAAAUCUUGGACUGAGGGUUCUGUGGCAAAACCUCAUAUAAUUGUAGUAGGAGCUGCCACGUGGUCUAUCAAGAUUCACAAUGGCAGCAACGAAGCCCUUGCACAGUAUAAAAUCAAUAUCACUUCAAUUGCACCUCUUUUGGAAAAAUUAGCAAUAAGUAGUGAUGUUUACUGGGUCUUACAAGAUCCUGUUUAUGAAGACAUGCUGAGUGAAAGUCGGAAAAUGAUCACUAAUGAGAAAAUAGAUGCUUAUAAUGAAGCAGCUGUUCGUAUUCUGAACAGCAGCUCCCGAAAUUCCAGAGCUAAAGUUAAAGUGUUCAGCGUAUCAAAAUUGAUAGCACAAGAAACCAUCAUGAAGUCUGCAGAUGGCUUGCAUCUCCCUGAAUCAAGCAGAGAUACAAAUGCAAUGAUCCUUAUGAAUGUCUACUGCAAUAAAAUAAUGAAACCCAUUGAUGGCUCCUGCUGCCAGCCUCAGCCUCCUCUCACUCUGAUACAGAAGAUAGCUUUCUGUUUUUUCACUUUGUCCAUUAUUGGAUAUUUAAUUAUCAGCUUAAUUCAUCGGAAUAAUUAUCGGAAGAACAAAUCAUGCACUGAUUUGGAAAGUGGAGAGGAGAAGAAACCUGCCAUCAGCACACCUAACGUUUCUACCUUAGAGAUGCUCUUACACUGCUUUUGCAAACUUGGUCUAAUCAUGACCUAUUUUUAUUUAUGUGACAGAGCAAAUCUUUUUAUGAAGGAAAAUAAAUUUUACACACAUUCGUCUUUCUUCAUACCAAUCGCCUAUAUCUUGGUUUUGGGGGUAUUUUAUACUGAAAAUACCAAAGAGACUAAAGUGUUAAAUAGAGAACAGACUGAUGAAUGGAAGGGCUGGAUGCAACUUGUUAUUUUGAUUUAUCAUAUCUCUGGAGCAAGCACUUUUUUGCCUGUGUACAUGCACAUUCGAGUCCUGGUUGCUGCGUAUCUGUUUCAAACAGGUUAUGGGCACUUCUCAUAUUUUUGGAUAAAAGGGGACUUUGGUGUAUACAGGGUGUGUCAGGUUUUGUUCCGUCUCAAUUUCUUGGUUGUGGUACUGUGCAUAGUGAUGGACCGACCUUACCAGUUCUACUAUUUUGUGCCAUUAGUCACUGUCUGGUUUAUGAUCAUUUAUGCCACCUUAGCUGUAUGGCCUCAGAUUGUCCAGAAGAAAGCAAAUGGGAACUGCCUGUGGCACUUUGGUUUACUGCUGAAACUUAUUUGCUUGCUGACAUGUAUAUAUUUUCUGUCAUAUUCUCAGGGUGCAUUUGAAAAGAUAUUUUCAUUUUGGCCAUUGUCCAAGUGUUUUGAACUGAAUGGGAAUGUCUAUGAAUGGUGGUUUAGGUGGAAGCUGGAUCGCUAUGUAGUUUUUCAUGGGAUGCUGUUUGCUUUUAUUUAUCUGGCAUUGCAGAAACGUCAGAUCAUAUCAGAAGGAAAAGGAGAUCCUCUUUUCUCCAACAGAGUUUCAAAUGUUUUAUUAUUUAUUUCAAUUGUGUCCUUUUUGACCUACUCUAUUUGGGCUAGUAGCUGUAAAAACAAGACAGAGUGCAAUGAGCUACAUCCUUCUGUUUCUGUGGUGCAGAUUUUAGCUUUCAUCCUCAUCAGGAACAUUCCCGGAUAUGUCCGAUCUGUGUACAGCUCAUUCUUCGCCUGGUUUGGCAAAAUUUCUUUAGAGCUUUUCAUUUGCCAAUACCAUAUUUGGCUGGCAGCAGACACAAAGGGGAUCUUGGUGCUCAUUCCUGGAUAUCCAAUGUUUAAUGUUCUUGUCAGCACUUUCAUAUUUGUGUGCGUGGCACAUGAGAUUUCUCAGAUCACUAAUGACCUAGCACAGAUUGUGGUCCCUAAAGAUAACUCAACUCUGCUGAAAAGGUUGCUAUGCAUAGCUGGAUUUUUUUCUGGACUACACUUCUUCUCAGCAAUGCAAGAUCAGUCAAGGCAUUAACUUGGAAACUUUCUUCAGGUUUACUUUGUGUCUGCCUGAACAAACAUUCUCAACUGGAGGUACAAGAAGACAUUUAAAUUAAGCGUGUGGAAAAUGUAUAUAGUGGAAAUGUACAUAUUUUGUGUGGAAAUCGCCUUCUCGAGUAAUCUGAGAAACACGAGUGCACUGUACAGAACUGCAUGUGAAACGAGUCUUUUCUACUGGAUGUUUGUUGCUGUUUACAUAUCUGUUGGGAUGAGACACGAGGCGCGGCGGGGGCCGGGCGGUACCGCGGGCCCGUGGCGGGACCGGGCCAGCGGGGGCCAGGGCUGUCCCUGGCACGGCCGGAGCUCCGCCGGGCACUGCUGCCCGCACAGCGGCUGGCUGGGAAUGAGCGGUUGGGGUGCAAACACAACACUUGUUAUACUAAACCCUUUAUAUGUGGAAGUAAAAAGUAAUCAUCAGUCCAGUGAUUGGAGAUCAUACACAGCUUUGCAUAGUAUUUUGUGAGGGGUUUUUAGAAAUUUAAGAUGUGUUCGGCAAAUAUGGUGAAUUCUGAGAUGACAUUUUUUUAUAGAGAAUUUGAGUUUUCUUCCUAAAGUUGUUUGGUUUCUCAUAAAUUUUUCACUAGUUCAUUUAACUGAGUGUAGUUCUGUGUACAGUCCCAGUGAACAAACAAAUGAAUAAUUUUCAGAGACUCAGUUCAAGAUGGGAAAUUUUUUGAAGACCCUCCAACCUUUUCCAGUGCAAUGGAAUCCCAUCAUAUCCACUCCAUCAGAUCUUUGGGAAUGGUGAUCUUUGACCCUCUCCCUAUGUUUGUAGGCGACCUUGAAUCAAGUCUCAUUAGGGAACUGGUGCCAUAUUCUGUGCUGUGAUAACAUUUGCAUUUAAGAGAAUGCAAGUCAGUCUGUUGGGAUCCCGAGGAGGGAUUGAGGGGUCAACUUUGUUGCGUGCAGAUGGUUGAGUCUCAGAAUAACAAGUGAAAUGAGAUUGGAGCUGUUUGGAGAGAACUUUUUUCCCAUCCUUUUCAGCAGUGCCCAAUCUUUCUUACUAGUAUUUUUCCUUUAGCAAAAACCCUGUCAUUGAAAGAAACAGUCCUUUAGUGUGGCAGUGACAAGCUAUUGUUUACAUUCUACUUAUCAAUGAAGUUAUGGACAUUUCUUGGUUGAUUGUGGGUUUGGUUCAAGUAAUAAUUUGACCUCUAGUUGCUUUUUCAUUUUAUUCUUCUUCUGAUGAUUUGUUAGCAGUCAAAAACAUGAGCGCAAUAUUAUUUUCCAAGCAUAUGUGCAAUUAUGUAUGAUUAUGAACAACAUGAAUCCUAAUUUGUACCAUGUAUAUGUCACAUGCAUGUUUUUGUUCUUAUCCCAGGUAAAACAUUGAAUUCAAUCUUGCAGCCAUGAAUGAAGGCAAAACAAAUUUAUGAAAAUAAUUACUUCAAUUUUUAUUUUUUUGUGUGUGGUGUAGAACAGUUUCAAGAAUGACCAGUUAAAAAGAAAUCAUUCACUUCCCCCAAAUUCAGCAGUUUUACUAAGCCUGUCAGCUGUUUUCAGGACACUGGGAAGAUACUCAGCUGUGUGUUCUGUGUGCAUAUUACUUCCAACGCUUGGGAAUUUAACCUCAUUGAUCAAUACAUUUGAGUGACUGAAGGAAAGGGUGUAGGUGGACACCACAGUGGGCGAUAGCAAGCAUAAUCUUCAUCUAUGCCAGUAUUAUGAACAACAGGGAACUGUGAGCUUGAGGGAUAAUCUUUGUUUUGUUCUUCACAACAUAACUAUUGUAGAUAUAACUCUAUUUAUCUGUUGUACAGACUUGGUUAAAAGAUUUAUUUUUAAUGUUUGAAAUAAUGCACUUGUUUACUAUCACUGUAUGUGGGAUAAAUAUAUUUUCUUUUCAGGUUAUGUAAAAUAUGAAGUAAUUUAAACAUGAAAUAAACGUGCUGUGGAUGCUUAUUUUUGUAAUGGGAGCAGCAUCAUUUCAGUAAAAACUCUAUUGCGUGUCUGUAGCUGCGCUGCAGUUCAGUGUAUCACAGACUAAGGCAGGUGCAGUGCAGGAGGAUUGCUCUGCAGUAAAUGGCUCUGUCUCCCUGCUCUGAGGAAAUUGCAGCUCCCGUAGCCAAAGCCAGCCCGGAGCUCAGGGGCCCUCAGCAGAACUCCACAGCGGAGGCAUCGGGUACUUUUCCCUGCCAGGAACUCUGCAGCAGAGCUCUGCAGGAAAGCACAGGAGCUGACUUGGCUUUUCUUUGGGCUGGCAACAUCAAGAAACCAGGCCCACCUUUAGGACUUGCUUGAGUUACGGAAUUCAGAUUCUACUUGAGCUACUUAAAUCCCACUCUCAGUAGAAGGGGCUCCUUAAGCAAAGGCAGUACCAAUCUCUUCAAUCUUGUGAACAAUGACAAGAUACAAGGAAAUGGCCUAAAGUGUCAGGAGGUUCAGGCUGGAUAUCAGGAAAAGGUUCUUCACCCAGAGGGUGGCUGAAAGGCUCCCCAGGGAAGGGUCACAAUAGCAAAGCUGCCAGAGUCCAAGUGUUUGGACAGUGCUCUCGGGCACACGGUGUGAGCCUUGGGGACCCUGUGCAGGGCUGGGAGCUGGACUCGAUGGUCUCCAUGAGUCCCUUCCCAGCUCAGCACAUUCUGUCAUUCUGUGAUCCCCAAAGCUCCUGAUUUUAUAAUGAGGAGAUACAUAGUUCAGGUGCCCACAUUAGAUAUUAAGUGCUGCAAAUCUCCUCCCUCUCUCCAGUUAGGACAUCUGUUUAGUUAACAAACCCUGCACCAUCAGCUCCACCCAGGUGUCAGACCCGACCAUGCAGCAUUGUGGCUGGAACAGUACAAGCUGUAACAAUGUUGUUCAGGCACCCUUCUGUACAAUAAUCAGGCAACAACUUUCACUACUUUUGUGUUUUCCAUUUUAUUAGAUUAUACAUUUCAUGUAUGUACAAAGAGAUGUGCAGGGCUUUCUGUUUAAUUUGGUUUCAACUUAAUACAAUAUCAAUUCAUAUUGCCAUCAUAUAAUGUUAAGAGGCUGUGAAUUUACUGUCUUAAUUAUUACUAAUUCUUUAGCCAUUAAGUGUCUUCAACCAGCUUUAUAAAUCUAUGCUUUCAAAGUAAUUGUUUUAAUAAGUAAAAAUAAAUAAUUUGUUAUUAAACUUACCUCAGAUAAAUGAAGAUUUCAAUCAUAAAAUAGUUCAGAUAUUCUUAAUAUCCGAGUGACUUACAUAAUUAGUUUCUUUCCAAAAUAGCUGGAGCCUCCACUGCUACAAACUGAUUUUUAUGCAUAUAUGUAACAGUUUAUUUCCUUAAAUAUAUUGGCACUGUUACAUUAAUACAAAUAAGGUGGGAGCAGCUCUACUGGUAGAUCCAUUGAUUGUCAUGUCAUCCUGGAGUUACAGAAAUUACUAUGAUCCACACCCAGAACUAUUUACAAAGUUUAAUCUUACGUUGCAUUAAAAAUUAUUUAAAAUCCAUUCCAUUCAUUUUGGUUUCAAAACACUGACCGCUGAUACAUUUGAAAAUAGUAGUAUAAACUAAUAGCAUCCAAAUGCUGAUUGUACUUGAUUUUUUUUACAGCUCGGGUAAGAGGUGAAAAUGUUUAAUUUACUAUAGACCUCAGGUGCAGCUUUGUGAUUCACUCUGCACCGAUAACCAGCCAAGCUCCUGGAAGGAAGAGGGGCUGUCUCUGAGGAGGCCGAGUGAGUAGUGACGUCUCUUCCCUGACAUCUUUGGGAUGAGGUAGGAAGGCAUGAUGGAUGCCACUUGGAAAGUGAGUAGGAAUGGCUCUUUAUUCCACUGUUUCAGCAACUGCCUUUAGUUUCUCAGCUUGAAUGCCUGUAUCUUGAGCUAUCUCUCCUGGCCUAACAACCACCGGCAGGAUGUGCUGCCACGGCCUGUGGGCUGUGCUGAGAGUGCAGAGCAGCUUUGCCAGCUGAGACUGAAGCUUUGACACUGUACAAGUAGGAACCACGUACUGAGCACUGCUUAUGUACUGUGCUGCCAUAGUUACCGUAGUUGGUGCUCAAAAUCAGUCUAAAAAGCUGCUCAGGACUUGUUCUAUCUGCUGAGAUCCUGCAGUCAGGUCUGAGCCUACAAACACAUCACUGAUGCUUAAAAAUUAAUGUAAAUUAAGGUUCUGUGUUUUGACAGAACUGGGUCAUAACUGUAAAAAGAGAAAAGAAAACCACAAAACAAACCAAAACCCACAAAAACAAGAGCAACUAUUUUGGUCUUUUUACAAAAUGACCUCAUUUUACAGAUUCCUUUUAUCCUCAGUCUUAAAUUCCAAAAUUACUCAAAUUUCUCUUAGCAGAGACUUCAGGAACCUCAGCUAAGGAAAUGUAGCCAGCACUUAGCAAUUUUAAAGCAGACGCAGUUUUCUGCUUACAAUGCAAUGUCCUGAUGAGCACACAGCUUCUGAAAGAGAAAAUAUUACAGAAAAAAAAAACAAAGUGUAAGUGUCAGCUUAAAAAAAUACCAUGCUUUGAGGUAAAACCCCAAGAACUCUUGGUGUCAGCUCUUACAGCUGCAGACCCUGAAGUCCUGUGUGAUGUCCUUAAAGAUGAAGAUUUAAAAUUGCAUCAGAAAUUAAUUUAAAAUCUGGUGAAAAGUGUCAGUGGAUGAGUUAUAGUUGUCUAUGGAAAACCAUGGAAACCCCAGUUCAGAUCCUUUUAGCCAAGUCCAUCUACUACUCAGCUUUCAGCUGCAUGGACAGAUGCCUCUCAAAGAAACCACCUCCCAGCACAGUAUUCCUUCAGUUAAGUCCUUUCUAAGAUGUGAAAAUAUAAUCCCUGGUUUACUGGAUACAUAAUUCUCCCACAACAGUUUGUGCUCCAAAAAGAAAAAAAUGUGGAGGAUAUAAAAAAUAAACAGCACUGGGUCUGGUUAUUGGGAAUAUCACAAAAAAAAAAUUAAAGAGUGUUUGUCCAGGUAUACUGUACCAAAUUAAACCCAUGCUUAUUUGCAGACAUUAAUUUUUUGCCUACAACAGUUUCUUCUAACAUAACCAGAUGAAUGAAUGGACAGAUUUUAAAUGCUUUAUUGCUUUCAAGUUUUGAAAUAGCAUAAUUAUCUGGUAAAAGAACAGAAAUCCAAUUUUUAUCAUGAGUAGUUUUAGUUAUUUUCUCGGGGGGGGGGGGGGGGGUAUUCUUUAUUUCUUUUUCAAAAAUAACUUUGCUCAUUAUAUUUGGUAAUCUCUAAAAAUUACUGCCUAAUAGAUGUGCAACACUCUUUCUGAGCCUCAUCACCUUGCACAAGUUUUCAUGCUUUUAUACUGCUGCUUUUGUUGUGCAAAUGUUAGGCAAUCACAUCAUCCCAUUAACACUCUGAAAUCCCUUGAAUCUCUGAAGUUCUGAUUUCCCUGUUAAAACUUUCAGGAGAGAUCACAAGACAGAAUAAAGCUUGAUAUUUAAUAAGACAUAUAUAUAUAUGUAUACACA